UGUGGCUUGUUUUGUGUUGUCAUUUCCAAACAUGUCGCUUCUUUCCAAAAUGAAGCCGUUUCUUCUCAUAUUAUAAUAUUUACUUUCCGUGAAAAUGAGUAACAUUUGUAGGGAGGUCAUCACGCUUCAGCUGGGACAUUAUUCCAACUUUGUGGGCACCCAUUGGUGGAAUUUACAGGAUGCAUCUCUUUCAUACGACCCUGAUAUUCCACCUGGAGAACUCCAGAGUGACGUCUUGUUUCGUGAAGGCCAAACUCUUGGUGGGAACAUCACCUACACACCACGCCUCAUUGCCAUGGAUCUCAAAGGAAGCCUGCAGACUCUUCGGCAAGAGGGAAGUCUGUAUGAUACCGGCGAAGACACGUCUACGCUUACCUGGGAUGGAGGCCUGAUGAUCCAUGAAGAGAGUCCCCCUCCCAAAAACUCAUUUCUUGAAGAUCUGGAGAAGUUAGACUGUGGAGACAUCCUGACCGAGGCGGACUUUUCUUCCAGCUCCCGAACUCACCGCGACAAUUCUUUAAGGGUAGACACCGUUAAUCAUCAGCUCGCUCGAGUCCAGAAAAAAUACAGACUAGAGGGCAGCGUCAAAGUCUGGUCAGACUUCUUGCGGAUCCACUUGCACCCGCGUACUAUCUCGGUGAUCCACCGGUACAACCAUGACGGAGAGGCAGAUCGACUGGAGGCUUUUGGCCAGGGAGAAGCACUUCUGCAGGGUUCAGUGCUGGAGGAGCUGGAUGAUAAACUGCAUUUUUUUGUGGAGGAGUGCGACUACUUUCAGGGCUUCCAAUUGCUUUGUGACCUUGCCGACGGCUUUGCGGGUCUGGGUUCAAAGGUCACCGAGAUGCUACAGGACGCAUACGGCGGUCGAGGUAUCCUCACAUAUGGGACAGUGCCCAUAAGUCACCCAAAUUCAACUCCAAUUAAGGACGUCUACCACCUGUUAAACUGCGCAUUAGGGAUGGUCCACAUGGCCAAUCACAGCUCCUUCUUCUGCCCACUGACGCUACGAAGCGGACUCGGGCUGCGAUCAACGUCUCCUAUCAGCUUCCCUUACCUCAACUACGACCCGUCACUUUGGUACCACUCCAGUUCCGUCCUGUCCUUGGCUCUGGACACUCUCACGGCGCCAUACAGACUGAGGAAUAACUGCGUCCCCAUGUGGCAGCUAGCCGACUCGCUAGCUAGCUCGGGUAGAAAGGUGGUGACUGCUUACGGUGCCGUCCCGUUUCCCAUACUGCCCGGCAACUCACUCCCCGAUACCCUUAGCGCUCAUGCUACCUCGUUGCCUUGGAAACCACUAUCAACUUGCGCCAUAGCGACCGACGGGCGAUGCUACGGACAGUGGGUGACGCUCAAAGGCUUGGAAGGACAAAAACUCACAAGUUCUGUUGCUCAAGAAACAGAAAUGCCAUCGCCUCUUUACAACCUUCACUCCGGAGAAGACGUGCUAGCAGCUUAUGUGACGUCAUUCUAUCCUACAGCUCCUUUGGCUGUGCAGUUGGUGUCCAGUCCCAGUAAAGUGACGCCACCGUUCCCUCAAAUAUUUAGUCCAUUCCUCGCUGAUCAAGCUCCAAUGACCCCACCAGUCAUCACGUCCCUCCAAUCCGGACCCGCUAUGGACCCGUGGCUGUCCGAGUUGCACCGUAGCGUUAGCGCGUUGGACAUCCGCCGCCUGGCGCCCAGUUUUCUUUCCCAGGGCCCCGAAAUGGCAGACUACAUCGAGGCUUUGGAGCAAUUGCGGCAGUUGGCUCGGAAGUACCGGGACGACAGCGGCGGGAUGACGAGAUCGUCUUCUGAAGAGGAUGACGAGGAUUGACGCGACUCAAAUUUAGGUGGACUUUUCUUGUUUACUAUCAUGCUAACGCACUGAAGAACCACGAAGUGGGGACAGUUUAGUUCGCCAUCUUGCUAACUAACAGUGCCGAAGCUUUUUUGCACAAGGGACGAGUUCAAAACAGAACCUGACUAGCAUGAAUUAUGAAGUUUUAAAGGUCUCGGUCAGCAUAAAAUACUGUAAAGAGGUGGGAUGGAUCAUGAUUCUUUAUAAUAAACCUUAAAGUUUCAUUUUUAUUAGUUUGGUAAAUGGUGUUAUACUUGUAUAGCGCUUUUCUACCUCUCAAGGUGCUCAAAGCGCUUUACACUACAUUGCCAUCUACCUACUGAUGACACAGCACCAGGAGCAAUGCGGGGUUCAGUAUCUUCCUCAAGGAUACUUAGGCGAGUUCAUCAGGGUGGAGCAUCGAACCCACAACCUCUGGGUUGGGGGACAUCUACUCCACCACUGAGCCACACCAUCCCCAGUUUGGUCAGUUUCAAAUGGAAAGUUUUUACUCAUUUUAGCAUGCUAACUUUUUAAAAUAGCAUCGUAAGAAAUGAACAGAAGUAGUAACGCGUUACAUUUACUCCGUUACGUUUACUUAGGUUUUUGAGAAAAAUGUACGUAAUGUACUCCGCUACUUUAGCCUACAAUAGUCGUUACAUUUUCCCCUCUUUAUUCUACAUAUUAGAUCUGACUAGGUCUGCAGCUAGCAUUUAUUUUAGUAGUCGAUGAAUCUUAUCAACUAGUUAGUUCGAAUAAUCGAGUCAUCGGAUUAGGAACAUUUAAUGGGUUGCAGAAUAAAUUUUAGGAGAUGUAAAACAAAGGCUUGCACUUUCAAAAGGGCAUUAAAUGCGAACGCAAUAAAAUUUCCGAGUGUUUUUUAACUAUGCAGGAUUGCAUUUUCAUUUAAAAACAAAUUAAAAUACCUGAUCUUAGACUCGAACUGUAUUAAAAAUUAAAUAAAUGAGGAUCUAAGGACAACAAAAGAACAAUUGGCUAACUUGCAUAGCAAGUCUGCUAGCUUAAAUGCUAUAAAAUGCUUUUUUUUUUCUUCAAUACUCUUAAAUCGUUCAAACACGUGUUCCCACAAAAAAACGCUAAAUAUACCUAUUUUAAAAAAAAAUUUGGCUUACGUUGUUCUUAACAGGGAGCAGCUGAAUUCAGCCAUGUUAAAUGAGUGAUGUCAUAUGCACCGUUUCCACUAGAGGCCAGUGUAUCCACCCAAAUCAAUUAAACUAAAUGCUAGCACUUUCAAAACACACCAUUUUAAUGCCACUCUAAUUAAACGAAUACUCGAAGCAGCAAAAUUUGAUUCGAAGCUUUUUUCUAAUUCAAUUACUCGAGUUAAUCGAUUAAUCGUUACAGCUCUAGAUUUGACAAUAUUUUUGCCAGAGAUGCCGACAGCAGCUCUACUAGUUUCGCCAGUGAGCAGAGGUGGGUAGCAUAGCGUUACUUCCAAAUAUUACUCAAGUAAAAGUUGACGUCCAAAAUUUCACACAAGUACAAGUAACAAAAAAAUAUUAAAUGAAAAGAAUAAUAAAUAACGUAACUGCUUACAAUGUGAUUUUUUUUAUAAUGGUAAAAAAAAAAAAAAAACAUUCCCAGCACAACUUUAUCCAUACAAACUUAUACUGUACGAUAACAUGAUCAUAUUAGUCCAAAUAUGACACAAAAAAAUCAUCGAAUUCAGACCAGACGCAAUAGUACCAAGAGCAUGAGCGGCAUCUAGUGGAGAAAAACAUUAACUCUGAUUAGUAUAAUGGAAUUGUGGUUGUUUUAAAAGUGCUGUAAAAAAUUACUCAAAAGCGCGUUUUUGAAUCUUUCUCCCAGUUUUUAUUUUGGCAGCAUUUGAGAUUGAUACUAGUUUUCAAUUCAAAUGUUUUUUUCUCCACUAGAGGGCACGCUUGCUCCUUGGAUGUGUAAUUCAUUUUUCUAGUUUAUAUUUGGCCAAAAAUAUAAUCAAAUUCAGUCAUGUAAUAAGGUAUUACUGUAGUACAGUAUAAUAGUUCAUUUAAAAAAAUAUACCUAAUGUGCUGAGAAAAAAAAUACCAUUUAAAAGUAUUGAGACUCUUGCUUGAGGAAAUUUUUUGGCUACAUGGCUCUUUGGCUACCCACCUCAAGAAAUUAAUGUAUAAAUACGGCACUUUCACGGUGAUACGAUUGCUUUUAAUCUGCAUCCAACGUCAAAGUCCGAAAAAUUUAAACAGACCACAAACCCAUUCAAGAGGCGCAUUUUUAUUUUGAAAUGUUACCGUUUUCAUAAAAGAGGAAACGUACACAGAUUUCAACCAAGCAAAGAAAUACAUUUUUUUAUAUUUGAUGACAAAAAGGACUAAAACUUAGGACUGCAAUUUGAACAAAAAGCCUCAGUUUUUUUUUCCCAGGGUCUACGUGAAGGAGAAAAAUGUAAAAGUAAAUGUGCAUAAAACAUCAAGAGCAAGCAUCUGGGUUGUACAGCUAUUUAUAAAAAAAAAUAUGGGUGGGGAGGGUACAGACACUAUGAGGCAUGACAAACAGUCGCAAAAAAAUCUUAACUACGAGCGAGAACGAGAGCGAGACUGGGAACGGGAUUUGGAGCGAGAAACCGAACGAGAAGCGGAUCGCGAGCGGUCUUUGACGGGGGAAGGCGAACGAGACUUGGAUUUGGACUUUGAUUUGGACCCGGCUCUGGCUUUGGAGUCGACUGGCGAGCAGGAGCGAGACCCUCGCUCUUGUUCGCCCGCCUCGUCGUCGCUCUUGGGCGGGUCGCGACCCUUUGAGACUGACUUCCUGGAGAC